AUGUCUGACCCGAACAACCCUAAUAUCAAGCUGAGAACCACUCCGCAGUGGUCGCUAUACCGGCGUGAUGCGUUUUGGAACGCAAAUCUCGGCGAAUACCCGCUCUUCAACACUGACCCCGCGGAGAUUGAGAAAUUAGCGAAGGAGAAACUAUCGCAGGGAGGAUGGUAUUACUCUUCAUGCAAUGCAGGUCUUUCGUGGACCCACUUAGCGAAUCGCCAAGCAUUUUACCGCCAUCGCAUUGUGCCGCGAACCUUAGUGGACACUAACACCAGGGACACGGCCACCGAGAUCUUCGGCCACAAGGUUUCCGCUCCUAUCGGUUUUGCUCCUAUCGGCAUCAAUCGCAUCUAUCAUGCAACUGGCGAACUCUCUGUGGCAAAGGUUGCAGAAGAGCUGAAUCUGGCCUAUUGCCUUUCUUCUGCCGGCAGCUAUAGCAUUGAGGAUGUUGGCAAAGCUAACGGUAGUGGCCCUCGGUUCUUCCAGCUGUAUCAAAGUCAUGAUGAUGAACAGGCGAUUUCCAUGAUGCAGCGUGCUUGGGACUCUGGUUUUGAUGCCUGCAUGCUGACCACCGAUACCUGGUCCCUCGGAUGGCGCCACAAUGACGUCUUUACUGGCAACUAUGCCUUCUAUCACGAGCAUGGGGCAGGCGACCUUGGCCUUCAAGACCCUGUCUUUCAAAUGCGCUUGAAGGAAGCUGGUAUCGACCCUAAGACGAGCCCGAAAGAGGCUGGUGCCAAGUGGAUCGACGAGAACAUUUGGCAUGGCCGAGCUCAUACAUGGGAAAAGGUCCAGUGGACGAUGGCUCAAUGGAAGAGAAUCAGUGGUAGUAGGCCGUUUUGCUUAAAGGGGAUACAGAGCGCCGAAGCAGCGAAAAAAUGCGUUGAAAUGUUUGCUACUGCUCCUUGCAAUAUUUUGAAUCAUAUUGACUGGGAUAUUAGGGGAAUCGACGGUAUCGUUGUUACAAACCACGCUGGUAGACAGGUUGAUGGCGCCAUCGCGAGUCUUGAUGCUCUGGAAAAAAUUGUUGACGCUGUUGGAGACAAGAUUUACAUCAUGUUCGAUUCUGGUGUGCGCAGCGCCGCCGAUGCAUUCAAAGCCCUUGCGCUUGGGGCCAAGUUCGUAUUCCUAGGGCGCCUCUGGGUAUGGGCACUUAGCAUUGCCGGUGAGCCUGGUGUGCGCCAUGUUAUGAAAAGUUUUCUUGCGGAAUUCGAUAUUCUCAUGGAAGAAGCUGGCUUCCAGUCGAUCGACCAGAUCGACCGGUCCGCCAUUGACAGUCUCCCCAACUCUUCAAACUUGAUUGCCGAGCAUUCCCGCAUUUAA